UUAAGUCGUUACUACAAGCAAACUCAUGAUGACCAUUUUACCCUUAUUAUCACCGAUUUUAAUAGUACUGAUGUUGACAUUCCAGCGUUAUUGAAGUCAAGCUCGCUAAAACACCAUUACAUGAACAUUAAAACUGAAAACUUUCAAUUUUCUAGAACUAUAGGAAUUAACCGCGCAGCUACAUGGAUUCGUAACGAUGAUGCUAUCCUAUUAAUGUAUGAUUUACAUCUUACGUUUCCAGUCGAUAUGUUAGAUAAUGUUAGGAAACGAUGUAAGCAAGGAAAAGCAGCAUAUUUUCCGAUUGUAACAAGAUUAGGUUGUGGCUUUGCACCAAGAUAUCCGAAUGGCUAUCCUGAAUUGUGGGGAUUCGGUAUAUCUGCAUUUUAUAAAUCGGAUUACGUUAAUGUCGGUGGCAUGAAUGACCAAAAGUUUCGAUUUAAAUGGGGUGGUGAAGAUUCUGAUAUAGCAGAUCGUACGAUAUCUAAUUCAUUAGAAAUUGAAAGACUUCUCCAUCCAUAUUUCUUUCAUUAUUAUCAUCGUCAACUGCCUUGGAAGAAAUCUACAGCAAAAAAAGAAAAAGAAAACAAAGAUAUUAAUGAGCCUAAAAUAAUAAAAGAAAUUCAAGCAUGA